AGCACCGUAGGGGGCGGGGCGAUAGGCGGGCAGUUUGUCCAUUAAACGGGUGGGGCGCGAGGGAGGGGCGGAGCCAGGAAGUGGGGCGGGGCCCAAGGCCGGGCCGGCGGGGCCAGCUCCCCGCUGAGGUAGUUCUGGACUUUGGCGGGGAUGGGGGCGCCCCGCUGGCUGCAGCCGCUAUCCCCGCCGCCGCCGCCACUACUGUUGCUUCUGCUGCUGCUGCCGGCGCUGCUCUGCGGGACAGCGCGCGGUCUCAGGACGGUCCCGACUGAGCUGGCCCAGGACAGGGUCCGAUGCCCUGGAGAGCUGUGGCCUCUGCCCCAAGAGGUGUCUCCAAGAGUAACCAAGAUUUGGAUUGGCCCAGGGCAGGGCAGAAACAUUACUUUCCUGUACCACCCCUGUGUCCACCCCUGGCUGAAACUCCAGUUUGCCCUUCUGGCCCGCGCCUGUGUACCCCGACCCAAACUGAUCCCUCAUGCGGGCCUCACUCAGCAACGGCCUCUCGUUCUGGCUGCAUGGGGGACAUCGCUUGAGAUGGCCAGAGUAGAGCCAGCCUGGGCAGCCCAGUGGCUGAAGAAGAGGAGGAGAAGGGGGAAAAGGAGAGCUUGGCCCCUCCCUUCCAAUGCCCCCUGGCUUCACUGGGCAGAGCUCACCCUAGGCAAGGGUGGCCUGUGCCCAAGAGGGAGUGUGCAGGCCCUGGCUACAGCCUUUGCCCUGCGGAGCUGGCGCCCCCCUGGGGAAAGGAUUAAGUCCUGGGGUCCAGAGUACAUUCUUGGAGCCAAGAGGAGGGGACUUCGAGCUGCCCUUGGUUCUCUGCCCGCAGCCCCUGCUACCAGGGCCCCUCCGCACUCUUCAGGGCUCCGCAGGCCCGUCACACACAGCCCAGGGGAGGCCGGGGAUAGCCCCGUGAUGGCCAGUCCUCGGAGAGAGGGAGAGAGCAAUGAGUCCCGAGCAGGCCAUGGAAGCCCCGGGGGUUGCGUCUGCCCGGGGCAGCUCCCUCCGGCUCCCCGGGCAGCCCCUUCCCGGCCGGCCCGGGCUCCCACUCCACGCACAGAGGAGGCUGCGUGGGCAGCCACGGCUUUGACUUUCCUGCUGGUGCUUCUCACGCUGGCCACGCUCUGCACACGGCUGCACCGAAACUUCCGUCGAGGGGAGAGUAUCUACUGGGGGCCGCCGGCGGACAGCCAGGACACGGUGGCAGCCGUGCUGAAGCGGAGACUGCAGGCCGCCGGCCCCCGAAGACCCAAGCGCUCCCGUCGGAGACCCCUUCUCCCGCCGGGCCCCGACCCGGAAGGAGGCGGCCUGGGCCCGGACUGCGUAAGCAGUGACAGUGACAGCUCCUCGGCCUGAAGGCUGACGGGCCCCGCCGCCGUGAAGGGAGGCAGGGCAGGGCAGGGGGCGGCCCCAAGCCUGGCUCCUCCCCGCCUGGGGUCACCCUGCCACGUGGACGGCGCCGGGCUGGAGCCUCUGCGGGACUGUCGGGACGGUGCAGGCUCCUCCCCGGGCGGGGCCCGCUCCCUGGACUUCUAAUUAAAUUAUUUUAGUAGA